AUGAACCACAGAAAUUGUAAGAUUGAUUACAUUCCAGAUGUCUCCAGAAAAUACAUAUCAAGUCCUCAAUACCAGAGUCUUCUACAGGCCUUGCAGACUUUACAUGGAAAUGUGCAGGAAACAGCUAAAUUAAUGAAAAGGAACAAGAAACUCAUUCAAGAAAAUCAGGAUAGAGUCAAGGCAGAUAUUCAAAACUUUAGACAAGAAAUCAGCACUAAACUAGACGAAUGGGAAGCUGAAAUCUACAAAGAAAUUGAGAGUCUCAUUUCCGGAGAACAUCAGAGGAUAGAUUCAGCACUGACUCAAUGCAACGAAAUAACAAGAAAGACUGAAUUACAACAAACAAACUUCAAGACUCUCGAACGAGAUAAGAAAUGCAACACGAUGUUCAUACAUGGCAGGGAAAUAGAAGAGUCAAUCAAAAGGGACAUGAAAAUUGAACAGGAGUUGAAAAGAGAAACUAAAGCUAACAGUUAUAUAUUUCAACCAAACUCUGCAAUCAAAAAUCUACUGGAGACGGAGACUUCAUUAGGAACUUUAUUCAACACUGGUGUAGAGUCCAAAGCUAAUACAAUACAGGACCAGGCGGAAGAUAAUAAAGUAACUAUAUCCAUACAAAUUCAGUCGCGACCAAAACAUCGUGAGAACGUGUCCAGUUCUGACAUUUCUGUUACUCUAUUAGAUCAAAUUAAUGUCAAGAAAGCCAGCGAUAGAUCUGAUUGCGAAUUAACAGGACUUGCAGUAAUUGACACAGACAGACUUGCUGUUGCUGAUUACCGAAACAAGAGUAUUAAGAUUGUUGAUGUGAAGCAGACGACAAUCGUUUCUGAGCUGGAAAUGACUUCAAACCCAUGGGACGUGACAUUGUUACCAGGCGACCAGCUUGCAGUUACACUUCCGUAUGAAGGCUUGAUACAUAGUUUGUCAUUUUCUGAUGGUUUAUCUAAAGUCAGGCAACAGAAAACUCAUGGAGAAAGCUAUGGGUUAGCUUUUAUUGAAGGAAACCUGAUAGUUGGGAUGGCAGACGGAAAAGUAAAGAUUAUGAAUCUAUCAGGGAAAGUUUUGAAAACAAUGGACUGUGGCGUAACUGAUUUUGUCAAUAAUGUUACAGGAUGUUCAAACCAUAUCUGCAUCUAUGUUUCAUGCGGUAGCAGUGUAACUCGUUUCAGUAUGUCAGGUGAAACUGUAGGACGGUAUACACAUGAAAGCCUGAAGACGCCACGUGGACUAGCUGUACUGGAAGAUUGUUCAAUAUUCGUAUGUGACCCUAGUAACAGCAGCAUUCACCUGAUCUCAGAAAACUUGAAAAGCAGCAGAAUGAUACUGCAGGAAACAGAUGAGCUUAUGAAGCCUUACUGUAUGGCGAUUGAUAGUGAAGAGAAGGAACUGUACAUAGGCAGCAGCACAAAAUGCAACUAUAUAAAUUUUUACAGACUAAAGUAA